CUGGUCAGAUGUUUUGUUUGUGAGUUGGUACUGCUGUCUCAUAAUGGGCUGUUGUUAAAAGACUGUUAUACAAGAUACAAGAGAAGUCACAGAAUAUUGGGUGUUUGUUAGCCGUUGUGACUUGAGAAUUGUGAUUGAAGCCAUAUUCGGGUUCACUGUUAUCAAACUGUCAAAUGUAGUUACAGCUUUUCGUGAGUCUAACCUCAAUAAUUGGCUGGGUUACUAUUUUGAAUCGUCCUUGUUGUCUUGUUUGUUGUAUCUUGGAAUCAAAAGUUCUAAGAUGGCUGAGUAUUUGGCAUCAAUUUUUGGUACUGAAAAAGACAAGGUUAACUGCUCUUUCUAUUUCAAAAUAGGAGCAUGUCGACAUGGCGACAGGUGUUCCAGAAUACAUAACAAACCCACAUUUUCACAAACUUGCUUACUUCAAAAUUUAUAUGUGAAUCCUCAGAAUUCUGCUAAGUCUGCCGAUGGAAGUCAUUUGGUUGCCAAUGUUUCUGACGAGGAGAUGCAAGAACAUUAUGAUAACUUUUUCGAAGACGUAUUCGUGGAAUGUGAAGACAAGUAUGGGGAAAUCGAGGAGAUGAAUGUUUGUGAUAAUUUGGGAGAUCAUUUAGUGGGAAAUGUUUAUAUCAAG